UCUGUUUUUGCUGUUGGUGCACGCAGACUUUCUACGAUCUUCCCAGAAAGUGCUGAGCAGAAUCUGCGAAGAGUGGUUGCCAACUUCUUACUUCCCAGCAUUUAUUUCCUUGACGGGCCUGACAUCAGAAGUGGUGGCAAAGGCAUACCGAGAGCAGCUCGCGGAAGCUAUAACUCUCUGUACAGCAAAGCACAUGAGAAUCAACAAACUUAA